GACGCUGUGCGUGAGUGCGUGCGCGUAUAAAAAGCAAAGUAUUCAGUCCGAUCUUAAUGAUGAUCAAUGACUCACGUGAUCUGAAAUGGAUGAAUUGGUCAAUACAGGCCAGUCAGACGUGGUUUGCCGACUGGCAUAUAAAUACAUGGAGAUGUGUAAAGUAGAUUCAAGUUCAGACUCUGAAUCAGAGACAAAUCCAAGAUGGUCUGAUGUCAGCAGCAAGCAGGGUUUUGAAGAGAAUUGGGCAGCUUGUAAGAAACUCCAGCGGUUGAGCAGAGUAAACUACCAACAGUGUCUGGAUCCCUAUGAUGGAAGUUCUGAAGACUCCUCCAAUUCCUCUAAUAAAGGUCCCAAGCGGCAGAGACACAACGGUUUAAGGAUGAAGGGCAGAGGACGCAGAUCAGCCGUCAACCUCCCAUGCGCGCGCAGAGAAAUGAAGGAAGUCGGAGCGCAAGAGGACCUCGCAGAAGAAGAGGUAACGAUGAGGUCAUCCAGUGACUCUGAGCUGGAGGUGAGCUUCUGUUCUCCCUGUAGGGCCGUAACGUGUUUGAAAGUGGAGCUGUCUGAAUCUGGAUUUAACAGCAGAUCCUCGCUUAACUCACCUGUAGUACCGUCAGGUACAGAGACCACAGACACGAGAAUCCAGUUAGGAUCAUCUCAAAUAAGUCCUAGGUCUCCAGAGAGCCCUUCUUUCCAUGUUGCUUUUUCCAAAAGAAAGUUUUUCCCGCCUUCGGGUGACUGCGACGAGGGGAUGCAGCGCAAGCGGCCGUGCAUCAGUGAUAUGGAGGUUGAGAACUUUGCUCUCUGAGGGAAUCUGAAGAUCGCACUUAAAAGCAGAAAAUUCGUGAGUUUUCUGCAAGCCUGCCUGUGACAAAAUUAAAGUCACUUUUCAUUUGCCAGAAAAGUUCAUUCAAAAAAAAAGAAUGUGUAUUGUUUUUCAUUUGAAAAGUGACUAAGAAAUGAGAUUUUAGUGCUGUUCUCUGGGUUUGGUUUUCAUUUCAUUAGUGCUGUCAUGUCUCCUAUGUUUUUCUUUAAUGUUGAUCUAGUACAGCAGUUUAUCUGUCAGAAUAGUAAAUGGCGACAUCAACGUCAAAAUCUGUUGUGCACUACAGAAGAAAGUUAGUUAUGGAUUUAACCCCAAACGAUUCCUCGAUGACCAAACAGUACAAGCUUACUGAAGAAUUGUCUCGAGGUUAAAGACAGUCAGAGAGAGCAAACUCGUACACAAUCAAAAAAGUCUCGGUCUCAAUGUUAUGUUGGGAUUUUUGUAAAAUAAUUUAAAAAUGGUUCACAGAAAUGUCAGUUGUGACGAGAUUAUGGGAAAUAAUUACAAUAAUAAUUACUUGAAGGAUUGUUUUCUUUUAAUUUAUUGUCUUUAUUAUUUGCUUCUGUGUUUGUCUUGAAUCUCUUCAAAUUCACUGAGAAUGGCAUUUGCGUUUAUCACCGGGUUGUAAAUAAAGCUUGCACCUUAUGUUUCAUU